CGCUACUAACAGCUAAAACCCUCCCAAACAUAUGACGAGGUAAACAGACACACGUUGGCUGCAGAGAUGUGACUGCUUGAAUGCGGUUGCUACUAAAUAUGUCACUCGGAUAAUGCAGAUGGAAACGGCCGAAUACGACGUCCACUACGUUAAAAGGGAGAGUGUAGAGGAGGAGGGCCACGGCGGAAGACGGGGUCGGCGCAGCUCAGGCAGCUCGGUUGGCACUUCGGCGACUGGCGGAGGAGGGCGCAGCAGCGGCAGUGGCAGCAGUGGGAGCAAGCGGGGUGAUAUGCGAGCCAAGCUGGAGCGCAGCCGACAAAGUGCACGUGAGUGCCGGGCACGUAAGAAGCUGCGUUACCAGUACCUCGAGGAACUGGUGGCCGACCGGGAGAAGGCCGUGCUGGUGCUGCGCCAUGAGCUCGAUUUGUACCAACAGUACUUCAAAGAGAUGGACCAAGGCAACAUUCCCCAGGCUGUGCUCGAAAUCCUUGAGAGAGAACAGGAGAAUGAGCAGCAAAUCCCACAACAAGAAUGAUGCAGCGGAGCCUCGUGGCAACUUACUUGCAUGACGGUGUUGGUUGAUUUGAGCGAAAUGCAGCAGCACAGUGAGCAUGUUCAGGCAGUGAUGAGCUCCAGGUCAUUACUGUCCUUUGAUAUGUGUUACUGACAUCCAGUUUAAUCACCUGGAGUUUCAUACUGACUGGCACAAAGGACACAGGAGAAGGAAGGAAAGAAAGCUGGUGCUAUCUCCAACAUCUUUCAUGCUGUUGGUAUGACGGCACCAUUCUGGCUAUGUUGUGUUGAGCUGUUAUCUCCUCGCAGUGUCCUUCGUGCACUUUAGUAUGAAAUUAUACCAACUCAUUCAAAGCAUUUAUGCUGCUUAUAUGGAGUGCGAUGCAGCAUUCUUUGUUUCAUUGCAUUGCUUUUUUUUUUCAACAUUUUUGUUCAUUACCAAAGCAAUUUGCUGGAGAGCCAUUCCAGUAGAAACUGUGAUUGAAACAGUGCCCUAAUUUGCCCAAUUGUGAUUAUACAACAUGGUUGAUAAAAAUUUUUGUCCAUUAUGUGCAUUACAACCUUAAAAUUGUCAUGAUGUAAAAUUACAAGGAAGGCUUGUGAAGAAACAUAGCCACUAGAAAUAUUAGUGUUGCGACCGCUGCAUCGCAUUGUACUUGUAGAGUUCUUGAUUCCUGGAAAAUUAGGACAAGGGUUCAAAUACCUCUUCAAAACUUUUAAAAAAUAGGGAUGCAACAAGAAGCCAACUGAACGUCCCAGAGUUAGCUGCAGUCAUAGGUGCAGCGGCUUUGGUUUCUUUUGAUGAAAUCUGUUCGUCACGGAUAACAUACAUCGCACCACAUAUGCAGUGCAAUGUAUCUGGUGUGGUUGUUCCAGAUUUUGAAGUUUAUUUAUUUGUGAUGUUGAGCUGCAAUCAUACGCAAGUAGGAAAAAAAUAAAAUCGUAAUACUUAUGUCUAAUUCCUCCAAUGCAGAGUCAUGCCCCACAUUGUUUUUUUCUACUUUGCAUUUCAUUCUGGCCCAGCAAUACAUAUUUUUGUGAGAAAAGCAAACUUGCAUAGCAAUAUACAUAUAUAUUUUUUUCAGAAAAGCAGUACUGAUAGUUAUGGAAUCAUAUUUACUGUUGUUACAGAUUAUACAUAUAGCACUUUAUGAACGCAAUAUUUGUUUUUGCCAUUGCUGUGAGACAGGGGCAUUGUUUGCCUCGUUGUGACAUCUUGCACUCCCCCAGGAACAAUUGGAACCAGGGAUGGGUGCACCUUAUGUGAUUAUGUAGAACUCCUUUUCAUGCUGCAGUCACAUGCUUGGCUACGUAUGACAGUGCUUGUUUCUGUUAUAAAUUAAUGGUGAAUAAGAUCACACGAUGCACAAUGUGUGAUUGAGACAUCUGUUGUGGCUCUUCUUGCAGCAUUGCCGUUCUUGUGCGUUCACAAGAAUCAUGUGCAUCAUGCACUUUUGUGUUGCAUUGAAAGUUGCUUGUUGUAUUCAAGAUACAAUAAUGUUCCUCUAUUAUGUUUGGUUGCAGCAGGCAUUUCUUUCUUGCUUUGCUCAUUCGUGAUGGUUCUGUAAAGAGGAGCUGUGAUAUGUUACUACUAGUGAUCUUUAACUAUGUUGAGCUUUUAAGGCAGUAGAAAUUAUUUGCGUGAGGAGUUUUAAAGUUAUGCAUCUAACUUUAUCUGGUCAACCAAGCAGUACCAGCAAACAGGCUGGAUAGCUCUGCUUACCUUUUUUUUGCCCCGGCUGUUUGACUUCAUUGUGUAGUUUAUCAUUGUUUGUGACAGAGAUACAGAACUGUUCUUGACCACGCAGCCAUUUCCAUCAUGCCUACCAGUGUAGCAGUUAUGCUUUGCUGUUCUUACUUUUCUGUGUUAGACAGUUGUCAAGAAACUAUUAUUAUUUUUUUCCAUUUUAAGCAAGAUUAAUCUGUUCUGCAAGAAGCAACUAUUGGCAUGUGAAAUUUCAAACACUUCCAGUGCGAUGUCAUUGUUAUUUGGCUCCUGUUGCUGCUGUUGUAUGAAUGGAAAGAUGUGCCGGAUUAAAAGCUUGAUUGAUACGAA